GUCUUGCCAGACCUCACUGACGUUCAGCAUCGAUGGGGCAGAUUCGCUCUCCCCUUCCAGCGAGCUCACUGAGUCGGAGGAUGCUGAUGUUGCUGCGGCCGGAGACGGCGGCGCUCAGGAUCUUCCUGAGAAUGGGAAGGAUUCCGAGGCCGCAAAGGGAAAGCGCAAAAGAGCAGGUAAAGAGAAGCCUGCAAAGGACAAGAAGCGAAAAGUAAAGCAUGAAUUUUCGCCAGGGCAGUUUGUCCGCGUGGUCGGUUUGAAGGCCAAGGGUGAGCUGAAUGGCAAAGUAGGCCUCCUGGUGGAGUGGGACAAGGCCAAAGGCUACUGGAAAGUCCGGAUGGAAGAUGGUUCUGGGAAGGCUUUUCGAUCGGCUAACCUUGAGCCGCAUGUUGUCCACAACAACCUGCAGCCUCCGCCGGCCCCUGCCGAGGGCCCGAAAGCAGUCAGCACCGUACCACCGCCACCUCCAGAUGAGCCUGCUCCAAAGGAACAGAGUCAGGAGGUGCCCCCACCCCCCCCGGCAGCGCCGGAGGAGGCGCCGCCGGCCAAGGUUCUGCCGCUACCGCCUCCCCCUGCUGCGCACGUCAAGAAAGCUGCGCCUCGACCGCCCAUGGGACCACCGACGCUGCCUGGUGGCUUGCCUCUGGCCAUGCCGCUACCAAUGCCGCUGCCGGUGCCAACUAUGCUGCCCUUGGCAGGGCUACCGAUGGCAAUGCCGGUGAUGCCUCAGGGGCUGCCUCUGAUAGGCAUGCCCCCUGCAAUGCAGACGGUGCCUAUGACGAUACCUCCGCCUGCGCUGCCUAAGAGGUGA